AUGACUGCUGCUUCGGCGGCGGCGGCGGCGGCAGGUAAGGCGGGCCAGGUGCGGAGGCUCCGGCGUCCCUCGGCGGUCUGCGAGGCGAAGACUCUGAUCAGUGAAGGGGAGGAAGAGGACCUGGGUGAUGAGGAGGAAGAUGAGGCCAAAGGGAUGAAGGCAGCCUUGGCUGACUCCAUGCUGGCCAAGAAGAUGGACGACAAAAGCAGGAAGCCCCUGGUGAAAAGCAUGGCAGACUUGCACAGCGCGGAUCACAGCAAGAGGCUAGAUUGCCGGAAUCGGGUUCCUGUCCGGUAUUGCAAUCUGGGGAGUCGGGAUUCUGUCAGGAACCCGCAUACCUUGGUGGAGGUGACGUCGUUCGCAGCCCUCAACAAAUUCCAGCCUUUUAACGUGGCCAUCUCGAGCAAUGUUCUCCUGCUCGUGGAUUUUCACAGUCAUUUAACAAAAAGCGAAGUGGUGGGAUACUUAGCAGGCCAAUGGAACAUCAACAGCCAAUUGCUGACGGUACUGAGGGCAUUCCCUUGCCGGUCACGACUUGGAGACAAUGAAUUGGCAGCCAUCAUGGAAGAAGAGAUCUGCCAAAACCUUUUCCUGAGAGGUCUGUCGCUGGUGGGCUGGUACCACAGCCACCCAUUCAGCCACCCGCUUCCCUCCUUGCAAGAUAUCGACAUGCAGAUGGAUUACCAGCUGAAGCUCCAGGGAACCAGUAACAGCUUCCAGCCGUGCUUGGCGCUCAUUUGUGGUCCUUACUACCAUGGCAAUCAAGGUGUGGAGUCCAAGAUUUCCCCCUUCUGGGUUAUGCCACCUCCGGAGCAAAGACCUUAUGACUACGGCAUCCCCAUGGAGGUGGAAGUCACUUACAUCCAGGAUGGAUUUUUAACGAACGACAUUCUCCAUGAAAUGAUGCUGCUGGUGGAGUUUUACAAAGGGGCACCUGACAUGGUGAAGUUUCAGGACUCAUGGAGUCAGGAACAGACCUACCUGGACAAACUCAAGGGCUCCUUAGCAUCCAGGAUCCCCAAAGACCAAGGCUUUGGGCAUAUCUUGGAACAAGUCUACGCUGCCCUCCAACACAGCAGCUGACGAAGCCUCCCUUCGAACUCAGGGGACUCAGGCAGAGGUCGCAAACCUGGAUCGAGGCAGGGUUUGAAUCCAGAACCGCAAGCCCCGACGUGCAUCGGGGAAAGGAAAAAAAAAAAGACCGGGUCAAAGUGGAUCCCCUUUUCCCCCCCAAUGUUUGAAGUCAUCCAUUUUGGGGGCUCAAGCCUUUGGCUGGGAAAGCGGGAGAAAGUACCCUCCCACCCCGGAUGUGUUAGCAAGUAGGUCAGUGCGCCCAUUUUACAGAUAGGCAAGUCGUGAGCGUCAGUAACGUAAUUUUUUUUGGGGGGGGGGAGGUCAGCGUGCAGAAAUUUAGUUUGCCAAUAGGACCAUUAGGAACUUACGUUUUCUACAGCAUUUAAGCAGAGAUGUAGCUUGCCUUUGCCAGCUUGCUUGGAAAUACUGUGUUUGGCUAGGAAAAUAUUGUGUCUUUUGAGCAAACGGGCCCAGAGUUGUGGCAACAUGGGCGGCGGAUCCAUUUGAAUAAAUAAAUAAAAUAAAUAAUAAUCUGAAAUAGGACAAGCUGAGGGUGAAGCAAGGGAGGAAGCGACCAAGAUCCUCUUAGAAUGGGUAAUGGAAGAAAAAUUUUUUUUAAAAAAUGUCCAAAAUCCCAUUCUUAAAAGAGGGAAAAAUAUAUAUAUAUAUUGGUACCCAAGUUUGUCCUCUGGUUUGACGGAAGGAAAGGGAGGUUCAUAUCGAAGAGAUGCUGGGUUGAAUCAUUCUUUUCCUGUUUUAAGCUUUCUCUCCCAAAAAGGGGGGUUUUUGCUGCAGAAGGAAGCCCUUCGUAGACCC